UGCGUAAUAACAGCGCGACGCCUCUCGCGAGGCAAUUCACAUUUUAUAGCGAGCGCGCUGUGCGACAAACUUUCCUUUAAAAUUGUUUCGAAGCGAAACAUGUUUGCGAAGCGACCGGUUACCUUGCUGGGCACCAUGGCCUUUGGAGGCCGUGCGGACGCCGAGCAGAGUCUGGAGAUGGCCAAGAUCUUUCUGGACCGCGGACACAAACAGCUCGACACUGCACAUAUGUACAUGGACGGAAAGUCAGAGGCCAUCAUAGGGGGCAUGAACCUCCCCAAAACAGUCAGCAUUGCCACCAAGGCAAACCCGUGGGACGGCAAAACUUUGAAACCGGAAAGUGUGCGCUCUCAACUGGAAACCUCUCUGAAGCGACUGCGGACCGACUACGUGGACCUCUUCUACCUGCACGCCCCCGAUCACGUCAAUCCAAUCGCGGACACGCUCCGGGCUUGCGACGAGCUCCACAAAGAGGGGAAAUUCAAGGAGUUUGGACUGUCCAAUUAUGCAUCCUGGGAAGUGUCUGAAAUCGUGUGUCUGUGCAGGCAGCAUAACUGGAUUGUUCCCACAGUGUAUCAGGGGAUGUACAAUGCAACAACCAGACAAGUUGAGACGGAGUUGCUGCCAUGCUUGAGGUACUUUGGGAUAAAGUUCUACGCGUACAACCCUCUCGCAGGUGGCCUUUUAACUGGCAAAUAUCACUAUGAAGACAAAGACACAUCUCAGCCUGCAGGAAGAUUUUUUGGGAACAAUUGGGCUGCAGCGUACAGAGACAGGUACUGGAAGCAGAGUCACUUCCAAGCUCUAGAAGUGGUCCAAAAGGCCUUGGAGGGGGCAUACGGCCCGACGCCGCCUACUCUCUUGUCUGCCGCCAUGCGUUGGAUCUACCACCACUCCCAACUCAAGGGGGACCUCGGCGACGGCGUCAUCAUCGGCAUGUCCACAGCGGAGCAGCUCAGACAGAAUCUGGCUGCCGCGGAGGAAGGUCCUCUGGAUGAGAGGGUGGUGAAGGCUUUCGGGGACGCUUGGAACCUGGUGGCUCACGAGUGUCCCAACUAUUUCCGAUAGAUGACGCAGAAUGAAAAGCUGGGGAUGAUGGGCUCUCGGGGAGGGGGGAUAAAUAUGGAAUGACCUUUGGAGGACUUCAUAAAGGUUCCAACUCCUACCUUGAUCAAACCUAAUUUGAACACACAUUUUACUCCCUUCUCCCUUUAAUUCUCAUUUUGUUGUAAGAUCAAUUGUACAGCACACAGUCUAUUUUUCUAAAAUGUAU